AUGGCUUCAAAAUUUCAUUCAGGCCUUUCAAAAGAUCUUUCAUUAAUGAUAAAUAAUUCAGACGAUCAUAAUGUAAUAAUUCAAGUUGGAAAAAAUCGAGAAUUUCGUGCACAUUCAUAUAUUCUUAUAUCACGUUCUCCUUAUUUUAAAAGUGCAUUUUUAAAAAAGGAGUUUCAGACAACUUUUAUAGUUUCAGAAGACGGAUUUAUUACUAAUGAUAAUGUGAUGAAGUUCAAAAUACCAUAUAUUAAUCCUAUCGUUUUCGAAAUAAUUCUCAAGUAUAUAUAUACAGGUGAAGUAGAUAUAACAGGUCAAUCGCGCCUAAUAGUAUUCGAACUUUUAGUUGCAUCAGAUGAAUUACUCCUGGAAGAAUUAUUUGAACAUGUUCGAGAUUAUUUAAUUGAGAAACAAGCAAUUUGGAUUCAGGAAAAUUUUGUUCUCGUCCUUCGUACCGUAUUUAAACUUGCGAGCUAUAAGAAACUGCAAAAUUAUUGCAUCGAAACUAUUUGUGCAGAUCCACAACCUUUUUUCACUUCAAAAAACUUCCUCUCAUUAAAUAAAGUUAGUCUAUAUAAUUUGCUUAGGCGAAAUGAUUUGCAGAUUGAUGAAAUCGAUAUUUGGGAUUGUUUAAUUAAAUGGGGCAUCGGACAAACUCCUGGUUUUGGGAUUAGGAAUAGCGAUAGAACCAUGUGGAAUAAGAAAAGUUAUGAAGCAUUAAAGAAAACAUUAAAUCACUUUAUCCCUCUUAUUCGGUUUGUUGAAAUUUCUUCUAACGAUUAUUUUGAUAAGGUCCGUCCUUAUAAAGCUAUUAUUCCUGAUCGUAUUUAUGAGGAAAUUGAAGAGUUUUAUUUUAAAGGUACCUUACCAAAAAAAACCACACUACCUCCACGAACAGGAAUGAUUAAAAUGAUCGAAUCAAAUAUUAUCAAACCAAUAUUAACUUUUAUGAUUACCAAUUGGAUUUAG